UAUAUACACGGUUGAACAGCAACCAGAAUGAGGGAAUUUUGUGUUUUCUGCAGAAUGGAAAUCUAAUUUUAAUUUAUGGAGGAGAGGGUGAUUUGACUUGACCAGAUGCUAGACAUGCAACCUGUGAAACUUCUGUCUCCCUAAAUUCAUAGGCAAAAUAGGCAAAAGGGAUGGUUUGAACAGUUUCCGAAAUGAGAUGUUAAUAUUCAGUUUUAAUGACUUCACAACUUAAAAAGACUGCUAUUUUAUUUUUAAACAUAAGCUGUUUGAGUCCUGCCUCUAUGGAGAUCUAUGCCUUAGUUUUUUUAAAUUCAAGUUUGUUUUUUUAGAGAAAAGGUUAAAUAUGAACACUAAAGAUUUAAAAACAACAACAAAAAUGAAAGCAGCUCUACAUUAAUUUUUAUUUUAAAAUUUCAUUAUUUUUCUUCCCUGACACACACUUGGGGUAUAUUUGAAAAAUAGCUAGCUAAAUGAUUUUUCUGAAACCAGCAAUGUGCUGAAUUAGCUACGGUAGGCUUUUUAUCUAGCAAUUAUUCUGCAAGGUUUCCUCCCUCCCUCCCUUCCUCAGAACAGUCAUUUUUUGCAACUCUCACACUUUGGUUGAAGUUUAUGACAAUUUUGUGUCCUUCACUAUCAGUAAUUCAUUGCUACUGCCUUCAGUAGUUUCACUGGUCUUUUUGCCUUGCGGAAGUCCCUAGAAAAUGAUGUAAAAAGCAAUAUUUUUCAAAUAGUUGUAACAAAAGUAUCGGGCCUAGCUGCACUGAAUGUUCCUGCAGUCCUCCUUUUCGAAGUUCUUAUCUUCCAUGUUCACAGUAAACAAAGCAGAUGGUUCAUUUCUCCCAUUAGAGAACCUCUAUAUUCUUGCCAUUGCUGUUAAACCUGAUGCCUGCAAGUGGGCCAUGACACUUGCAGGGAAGGAUCACUGAAGUCCAGUGGUGUAGAGGAGUUGUCGGGAUGUGUGCAGUGCUCAGAGCAGGGUCAACACCUCGAUGUCCUUUACUGCUUCUUCUGUACAGUGGUUAAUGUUUUCCUGUUGUCACUAAAUGUAGCGAGGACUCUGAACUGAGUGCCUUCAUCAGUGUGAGCCCCAUGAGAGGAUGUACCGUGCCACCUGCCAGAACCCCUUUGGGGUUUCCUGGAUGUCUGGUCUCAUUGCUGCUGAAUGCUGGUGGCUGGGGUGGGAAGGAUGGAUAAGCUUUCUUCACCUUGUUGAUGCAGAGCCUUAAAAACAACUCUUUAGGAUGUGACCUUUAAUAUCUGUAGCAGAAGAGAGCAAUGAACUAGACUUGAUGAUCCGGAAAGUGUGCUCCAGGGCAAAAUCUUGUAAAAAACCUAACUAUUUCAGUUAGUUCAGUUUCUGUGGGGAGUCAAUUUGGGGUAUUAUUUCAUAAUUUCAACUGAAGAAGCCUCUAACUAGUUUGACUUUUAGGAUGCAUGAUGAAACUCACCCCUUUAGGGAAGUUCUUGCAGAGACAAGAUACAAGGAAAGUUUGCUUGUCUAAGCAGCAGAGAAGGUUGCUUGCUCACGAGUUUGUGCUGAUUUAUGUGUGACUGGUUGCAGCAGAAUAGAUGGACUGUGCUGUGAACAAGAGAAAAAUACACUCAAUUGAUAAUGUUUUAAAUCAAAAUAAAUAAUAAUGUUUUCUUUGUGGAAAGACUGUGGAAAUAUAUUGACAGAAAACAAUGCAGAAAGAAUCUGAAACCACCUUUGCCCACAGUUUCCACUGCAUAUGUUUCUUAAACUCUUUUUCUGCUCACAGUUUUUAUUAAAUAUCCUGGUUGCCUUAGGCCCAUUACAUGACUGGAACAAAAAAAAAAAAAAUGGCAAAGUUUCAAUCUCGUCUUCUAGGAUACAUCUAAAUAUACAUUUCUGAUUAUAAAGUGUCAGUCACCACUGAGGCUGGAAAUGGCCUGUUCUGCUUUGAGGAAGGGAGAGGCAGAUCACUAAUGGUUGCUCGGGCUGUCAUGUUUCUGAGAAUCAGCUGUUUUUUCUUUAUGCUGCAAAGAUUAAACAAAGAAUGUUAAACAUUUCCCAAUUUAGCAUUUAUAAUGGAAAGCGGCUGUAGGGCCACAGCUUGCUGCUGCAAGGGCAGGCGUUCAUAUUAGGAGUCGCUUAAAAAGGCUUUUAUUUUCUUUGAAGGCCUAUCCAUUCCUCUCCCAGCCUGGCCGCUGUGCUUUGCAGUCAGGUGGAGGCAGCUUUUAAUUUUUCCUUUCAUUUAAGUAGGAGCUAAUUUACUUUUGGAAAUGAAAGUUAAAGCAUCUCAGCCAUCUGCAAAAUGGAGGAGGAGGCAGUGGGUUUUUUUAACUUUUCAAAUCUCUACGAUUCUUUUUCACACCAACAGGCAAGCAAAAAUUACCUUCCUGAGCUCCUAUUAGUAAUGAUAUGUAGUAUUAAUGAUCUAAUUUCUUAGCUUCAACUCUUUAUCUCAGUUUUUAAAAUAUACCUGUUGGUUAUGUUCAGUCUCUUUAUACUUGCAUCCAGCUCAGGAGUUUUGAAAUAAGAAGUUGUAGUUUUGAGUGCAGCAAAACCACAUUUUUUGACCUACAGACAGCACAGCUUUUUCUAAAGCAUUUCAUUAAGGAUUCAGUGGAGUGCUGUGACUUUCUGUUUGUCACAGUAAAGGCAAAGGACACUUAAGAGUGACUGGUAAAUGAAAAAAAAAAAAAAAAGGGAGGGGGUUUGACAUUUUUAUAUCCUGUCAUUUUAUAUGCUUUUAUCAUGUUUGUUUAUGAACCUUUCUUACUUUUUAUAGUUUUACUUGAAGAGUCCAUAGUGGACAUAAAUAAAUUGUUCAGCUUUCUUAGUUGAAGCUGAGGAGAAUUUCAGUUUUAUGCAAAUAUGUAUUUUAUUCCCUAUCAAAGUGAAAAAAGUGUUAAUACACUUAGGUUUUUUAACAGAGCAGCUAAAAAUGUCCUUCGUCUGCCUCUCCAUUGGCUAGUUUUCAGAAAUUCAGUAGUUCUCUGUCAUCACAUAGGGACAAGAUCUAAACUUCUUAUAUAAUUAAAACAUUUUCAGAAAAAAUAUUUCUGGUUUCUUGUAUAAAUUGUAAGCACUCUAAAGAAAUCAGAUAUCCAUUUUCUGCCUUCUCCAGACUGCCUGCAAGUAGGUUUUCUUUAAACAAAACAGCCUUGCACUCAGAGCUCACAAACAUUUGUGUAUUACUUAGAUAUCUACAUGAGUAAUUUUACUGGCCUCCUCUAGUAGCUUAAAUAUGUUUGUAAAUGCUUGCCCACCUUUUUGUUUCUUAAGGCAAGCUCUUUGCCUUUUUUUUUUUAAUAACUCAAAGUUUGAGUUUAAAAAAUAUUUCAAUCUUCCUGUGAUUACAUUUCUUACAGAAUGUUGGAAUUUUUGGACUGUGCAUCUGUUUAGGCACAUGGAGAAAGACAAGACUGAGAUCAUCAGUGGUUGGCAGUUUUCCUCAACCUUGCAAGAGAGAGAGAGAUUUGGUUGGAAUGAAACCUUGCUCUCCAUACAGCCUGCUUGAGAUGCAGCAUUGAAAGAUCACUCACAAUCAGAUUGUGGCCUUUUUCUGAAGGAACCAUUUCUGUAUCUUACACACAGCCUCUCUCUGUUCCCUGCCCCAAUGAACGUCUGCACUAGGUCCAAGGCUUGGAGUAAUUUACCUGAAGAGUGAUACCAUUUGGAAACCACUGAAGAAACCCAAGACAGCUGAAAACCAGAAGGCGUCUGAGGAGAAUGAGAUUACUCAGACGAGUGCAUGCAGCGCCAAGCCGGGCCUUCCCUGCCUGAACCUUGAAGCUGUUCCGUCUCUGAGCCCGGCCCUCAUCCACUUUCCACAUUCACCAACAAACCUGCACGCACACACAGGGUCAUCUGAUUGUAACAUCAGUUGCAAGGGGAUGACAGAGCGCAUUCAUAGCAUCAACCUUCACAACUUCAGCAAUUCUGUGCUCGAGACCCUCAACGAGCAGCGCAACCGUGGCCACUUCUGUGACGUGACGGUCCGCAUCCACGGGAGCAUGCUACGCGCCCACCGUUGUGUGCUGGCGGCUGGCAGCCCCUUUUUCCAGGACAAAUUGCUGCUGGGCUACAGUGACAUCGAGAUCCCCUCAGUGGUGUCAGUCCAGUCUGUGCAAAAGCUCAUUGACUUCAUGUACAGCGGGGUGCUGCGGGUCUCCCAGUCAGAGGCCCUCCAAAUCCUCACAGCUGCCAGCAUCCUGCAGAUCAAGACUGUGAUUGAUGAGUGCACAAGGAUUGUCUCACAAAAUGUGGGAGAGGUCUACCCAGUGAUUCAGGAUUCUGGCCAGGAGACACCCAGGGGAACACCCGAAUCAGGCACCUCGGGGCAGAGCACUGACACAGAGUCUGGCUACCUGCAGAGCCAUUCGCAGCACAGUGUGGACAGGAUCUAUUCAGCCCUCUAUGCCUGUUCCAUGCAAAAUGGCAGUGGGGAGCGCUCCUUUUACAGUGGAGCUGUGGUCAGCCACCAUGAAACAGCCCUGGGACUCCCCAGGGACCAUCACAUAGAAGACCCCAGCUGGAUUACCCGGAUCCAUGAACGGUCGCAACAGAUGGAGCGGUACCUCUCCACCACUCCAGAGACCACACACUGCCGCAAGCAACCGCGCCCUGUCCGAAUUCAAACCCUGAUGGGCAACAUCCAUAUUAAGCAGGAGAUGGAGGAUGACUAUGACUACUAUGGCCAACAGAGGGUGCAGAUCCUAGAGCGCAAUGAGUCUGAGGAAUGCACUGAGGACACUGACCAAGCAGAAGGCACUGAGAGUGAGCCCAAAGGGGAGAGUUUUGACUCAGGCGUCAGUUCCUCCAUUGGCACUGAGCCUGAUUCCAUGGAGCAGCAGUUUAUGGCUGCUCUGGGCCGGGAUGGGCAGCAAGAACCUUCUCAAGCAGAUCAAAGUGACGUCCCUGCUGAUGGCACUCAGCCGCAGCAGCAGCAGCAGCAGCAACAUGUAGAUGCCAACUCUUCCUCACCAGAGAGAAGCAAUGACGUUGAAAUGGACAACAAAGUGCUCACAGUCAAUAACAGCACCGAAAAGGGGGCUUUGCAGCCUUCUGUCAACACAACUGUUGCCCAACCAUUGCCAACCACACAGAUCUACUUACGCCAGACAGAAACCCUCACCAGCAAUCUGAGGAUGCCACUGACUCUGACCAGCAACACUCAGGUCAUUGGCACAGCUGGCAACACCUACCUGCCUGCCCUUUUCACCACGCAGUCUGCUGGCAGUGGCCCUAAACCUUUUCUCUUCAGCCUACCCCAGCCUUUAGCUGGCCAACAGACACAGUUUGUGACAGUGUCCCAGCCUGGCCUGUCAACCUUUACUGCCCAGCUGCCAGCCCCACAGCCCUUGGCCCCGUCUGCGGGCCACAGCACAGCGGGUGGGCAAGGCGAAAAAAAGCCUUACGAGUGCACUCUCUGUAACAAGACUUUCACCGCCAAACAGAACUACGUCAAGCACAUGUUUGUACACACAGGUGAGAAACCACACCAAUGCAGCAUCUGUUGGCGCUCCUUCUCUUUAAAGGAUUACCUAAUCAAACACAUGGUGACGCACACCGGCGUGAGGGCGUACCAGUGUAGCAUCUGCAACAAGCGCUUCACCCAGAAGAGCUCCCUUAAUGUGCACAUGCGUCUCCACCGCGGGGAGAAGUCCUACGAGUGCUACAUCUGCAAGAAGAAGUUCUCCCACAAGACCCUGCUGGAGAGGCAUGUGGCUCUGCACAGUGCCACCAACGGCACGCCUGGAGCCACCGGCACCGGCGCAAGGGCCGUCCCCGCCGGGGUGGUGGCCUGCACGGAGGGGACCACGUACGUCUGCUCUGUCUGUCCAGCUAAGUUUGACCAAAUCGAGCAUUUCAACGACCACAUGAGGAUGCAUGUGUCAGACGGAUAAGUAGAAUCUCUCUCUCUCUCUUUGUUAUGAACAACAAAAAUAGAAACAACAACAACAACAAAAAAAAAGAAAGCUAUGGCACUAGAAUUUAAGAAAUUAUUUUUGUUUCAUUUUUACCUUUAUUUUCCUCCUUUUUUUGGGUUCAUUUUGUUUUGUUGUUUUUGUACUACAUGAAGAACUGUUUUUUGCCUGCUGGUACAUUACAUUUCCGGAGGCUGGGUGAAUAAUAAUUUUCCCAACCUCCCUUGGAUGGUGGCCUUAAGGCCAGGUAGUGCUUCAUGAGCUCCACUGGUUGGAUCUCUAGCUACUGGCCUCUAAAUACAACCCUUCUUUACUACAAAAAGCAAACAACAAAAAAAAAUUUAAAAAAAAAAUUAAAAAAAACAGACAGAAAAAUAAUAAAAAAAAAAAUCUUUUUUUCUCACUUGUGAAGAGCACUACAAAAAAAACAAACAAAACAAAAUAUAUUACAAAUCUACAAGGCCUACUGUCAUUAUAAGUACACCGCUUGCAGUGUUUCAAUGGACAUGAUUCACAUUGCUGACCGCUUUUGGACUUCACAGUAUCCAGUUAGAACUGUGGAAUAUUUUGCUUCUGGUUGAGCAGCAACCAGAGGAAACAAGGCCCUGCUGGUUUCCACCACGUGUCUGCUUUUUCACACACACACGCAUCCACAAACACACAAAAGGGCUGAGGGGAAUGCGAGGCAGUGUGGCUUGGAUAGUGUGGAGUCCCUGCAGGGUGAGGAAAAAGAAUCAGAGGUUCCUCACCUGGAUUCUGCUCCAUCCCACGCUCUCUGGCGCACCCUCCCCGCUGCUUUUCUCGUACCACCACCACCACCUUAUAGCAGAAACCAAGAAGAUUCAGACAACGAGCAACGGUGGCUUUUUGUAAUUUAUUCAGUGUCUUCGCUGAGCACAGGGCCUCAGCACAAUCAAGAGGGACUUUCACAGAAGGCAAAGAGAAACACAGAGGAAAAUCAAAGAUAUCAGAGGUUGCAACCUAUGGAUCUAGGUACAAGAGAAGGGUUAGUUCCCACAAUCUUUGCAAAAAAAAAAAAAAAGUUGCAUCAGGAUUUAUUCUUGUGGAAGAAAGAGGAAUAGA